UCCCCCCAGCCAUCCUGGCAUUGCUGCUGUGCAUUGCAGAGGCUGGGAGUGAAUUAAAUACUUGUUCAAAAAUAGCUUAUCCCAGUCACGUAUUAUUUUCCGUGCAGCGGAUGGGGACGGUGUGCUUUUCUCUGGCACUAUGGUAGCCGAGCACACGGUAUUAUUUUCCAUGUGCAUUGCUGCUACCCUGCUCAAGUCAUUCGGAACUGGAGUACAUAAUUACUAGGAAGGAGGAGGAGGAGGGAUAGAGAGUGGGGGUUGGCUGCUGGCAGUGGGUCUGAGCCUAUACCUGACCCGAGUGGGCUUGCUUUAUAUGUCCCCCACGUCCUGGGCUCCUGGAGACUCGCCACAGAGCCACAAUGGGCCACCUUGUCCUGGAGCACAAGGGGGCUGUGCAAGGGGCUUGUGAGCUGCUCACUGUGAAUAACAAGGAUACAAUCUCUGCAAUCCAGCAAUAAGCAGACGGCUGUGUGCUGGAUACUUUUUUUUGUGUGUGGAUUUGUUUGGGGGUUUCCUGAAGCAAUGAGGUAUGCGGACCCCUCAGCCAGCAGGGACCUACUGGGGAACAGAACUUUAUUCUUUAUUUUCAUUUGCGCCUUUGCUCUGGUGACCUUGAUGCAACAAAUUCUAUAUGGCAGGAACUACUUGAAGAGCGGACUGCAGUUUAGCUGGCAGAAUGGAGAGGAAUUGGGAAAUUGGACCGGGAUCUUUAAUUUCACGGAUGACGGAGCAGUGAAGACUGGCAGUGACGCAGGUGGCAGGUAUUUUGAAUUUUAUGAAGGUCCCCUAGAUUUUAAUUCCACAAAAUGUUUGGAGUUACGACAGGACAUAAUGGAUGUGAAAGUUCUUUCCAUGGUGAAGGAAUCAGAAUUGUUUGAUAGAUGGAAGAGCCUUCAAGUCUGUAAAUGGGAAUUGAACACGACUGAAGCAAACAUUUUCAAGACUGCGCUGUCGAAGUGUUGCAAUGCGCCUUCCUUCCUUUUCACCACCCAGAAGAAUACUCCCCUUGGAACAAAACUCAGAUAUGAAGUUGACACCAGUGGGAUAUUUCCUAUCACUUCUGAAAUAUUCAAAAUCCUCCCCAAGGAUAUGCCCUAUGCUCGGUCCCAGUUUAAGAAGUGCGCUGUGAUCGGGAACGGAGGAAUAUUAAAGAAGAGUAGAUGUGGGAGAGAAAUAGAUAAAGCCGAUUUUGUCUUUAGAUGUAAUUUGCCACCUAUAUCAGAGAAAUAUGUGGAAGAUGUCGGAAUGAAGACAGAUGUGGUGACAAUCAACCCAAGUAUUAUCACAGAAAAGUUCCACAAACUGGAGAAAUGGAGGAGGCCGUUCUAUGAAGUGCUACAAGGUUAUGAAAACGCAUCGGUGCUUCUGCCUGCCUUCUAUAAUACCCGCAAUACAGAUGUGUCCAUCCGGGUAAAGUAUGUGCUGGACGAUUUCGAAUCACAGCAGGCCGUGUAUUAUUUUCACCCGCAGUAUCUAAUCAAUGUGUCACGUUUCUGGCUCAUCCAAGGAGUGCGAGCCAAGCGCAUCAGCAGUGGAAUGAUCUUGGUGACUGCCGCUUUGGAGCUGUGUGAAGAGGUCCACCUGUAUGGAUUUUGGGGUUUCCCUAUGAACCCGUCAGGAAUCUUCAUAACUCACCAUUACUAUGACAAUGUAAAACCUCGUCCUGGCUUCCAUGCAAUGCCGUCAGAGAUAUUUAACUUUAUCCACUUGCACAGUAAGGGCAUCCUAAGGGUUCACACUGGCCCCUGCUCCUGAUGGGAUAAUUCCAGGUUCGCUAGUCGUGGAUUUACCCAACAGUGUAACUGAGAUUAUGCAAUAAUGCUCGCUCUAAUGCAGACUACAUAGGAAAAGGCCUCCAUAUAAGCUGGGAAAGACCAGCAUCGAUUUUAUGACAUUAUAGAUGUAGGAAAUCUGAAAAGCCAACUGAAAAUGUAAUGUUGUCGGCACUAGUUUGUCAGCUACAACAAUACAACAAAGCACACAUUACUACAACUCAAAUCGCACACAUAACGGUUGUCUUCUGGCGCAAACGCUAAGAGAAAACAAGGCGGAAGGGAAGCGCAUGUGUUGCUGAUGCUUUGAUUUUCAAAUUCACCAUUGUGCUUUUUGUAAAUUAUUUCAUACAAUGUUUUGUAAACAUUGUUUUUUUGUUUGUUUUGUUCCAAAGGGCAAACUGUAAAUGAGCUUUUUUUAAUCUAAAAGAAGACUGAUACUAAAAAUGUGCUUAAAGGGACAGUAAAGAAAAAAGUAAACUUUCAUGAUUCAGAGAGAGUAUGUAAAUUUAAACAACUUUACCAUUUACUUUUAUUAUAUAUAUAUAUAUAUAUAUAUAUAUAUAUAUAUAUAUAUACUUUGUUCUCUUGGUAUCCUUCGUAGAAUAAUUGGCUCACAAGCAGCAAAGCAUAAUUGUGAACUAGAUGAACACAUCUAGUGAGCCAAUAGCAAGCGGCAUAUAUGUACAGCCACCAAUCACAAGCAAGAUCCCAGUAGUGCAUUGGCUCUCCUAAACUUAGUUAGGCAUACUCUUCAAGAAAGGAUACAGACAGAACAAAGCAAAUUUGAUAAUAAUUGUAAACUGGAAAGCUUUUUAAAUUUGCAUUCUUUGGGGCCGAUUUACCAAGCUGUCAAUCGGCUCCAAUGCUGCUGUUUCCGGCGAGUCUAAACAACAGUUAGGAAGCAGCAGUCUUAAGACCGCUGCUCCUUAACUAGUCCGCCACCUCUGAGACGGCGUACAACAAUCAGCCCGAUUGACUACGAUCAUGAUGAUUGACACCCCCUGCUAGCAGCCGCGAAUCUGCAGGGGGCGGCAUUGCACAAGCAGUUCAGCAGAACUGCUUGUCAAACCUUAAUGCUGACAGCAUAUGCUGUCGGCAUUCAGUGAUGUCGGGCGGAUCAUGUCCGCCCGACAUAUGAUAAAUUGGCCCCUUUAUCUGAAUCAUGAAAAUUGUAUUUAGACUUUACAGUCCCUUACUGUAAAGCUUGUAAUGCAUUUUGAAGCCUUUUAGCCAUUAAUAACGCCAACCCAUUUUUACCUCUAGACCUUUUACCUCAGAUGUUCCUGUAAAUGUUUUGAUAAUGUUGUGGCCGUACAGUGACCAGAUAAACUACAGAUAUUGUUUCCACAAAUAUUUUAACUGAAUUUAACGAGUAGAGGACACAGGCAUCAGAAAUAAAGCAAAAAAAAAUUUAUAA